GAGGGCUCUAGCUGGGCGGGCUCAGGUCCAGUAGUGGCUCAGCGCUCUCUCACUGCGUGGCGAAGGAGGACCAUUCUUGCUGCCACCUGCAACUUGGAACGUCCUGAAAAGUGCGCCUCUCAACAUUCACCAAGGCCAAACCCAAGCCCACCGUGGAUUAGGACGACGACCACCACCACCUCACUCACCUACACCCAUCAACGGCGCUGCCAGUAUUUUUUGUUUCUGUCUCCCAUCGAGACCAGAUCCAGCAUCAGAUCCCCCCAACAGCCCUCCGACAAUCUGUGUCGUGCCCCGAGAGCGGAUAUUGAUAUCUUCGGUCGAGUGCCCUUCCCACGACCCCCCCAGUAACGCGCCCGUCAACGACACGGGAGGAGAAAAAACACCUCACACAUACACAUCCAAACAUUGGCCGGCGCAGUUCCAGCCAGACCCAGACCCAACCCAGCAGACUCCAAAUCACUCCUAUCCCGAGACUUCAUCGUCAGCUUCAAUGCUGAAGACGGCUUCACUGUGACCAAACGCUGCCGGGCGACUUCCAGAGCGAAUUCUGCCGCUCGACGUCCUCUGAGCCCACACCACCUGCACCUAGGUGCGAAACCAACUACAACGGCAACGGCAUCUGCAACUGCCACUUCCUCCGCCUUCACUGCCCGCACAUCACUCAAUGUCGACUCCCUCGACCCUUCCUCCACAUCAUCCCAGCUACGGAUAUCCCCAUCACCAAAACUAUCAAACCACUCCGGCCUAUAGAGCGAACAACAACCACUCCAACGGCGGCAGCCGGCUCGGAGCGCCUUACACACUUCCGUCUGCAUCAUCGAGUAACGACACCUCGUCGACUACCACCAUUGCAACCGACCCCUCACGCACAAGUACAAGCAGGAACGCGGCACCCAUACCUACGAGACCAACCUUGAAAUCGGAAGCCNCUACCACCAUUGCAACCGACCCCUCACGCACAAGUACAAGCAGGAACGCGGCACCCAUACCUACGAGACCAACCUUGAAAUCGGAAGCCAUGCCUCAACCGUCCACUUCCACCACCAAAACAAAUAUCAAGAAGCGACAGCGGUCUCGAGAGCCCCGGAAGCCCGAUUGGAAGAAUUUUUAUGCGAAUGGCCUCCCCGAGGAGGUCAUUGUCAUCGACGAUUCGCCAACACCAGAGCCCACCUCGAAAGCGCUGACUUCAAAUACACUGUCCGGGCGCUCAGCAGCCUUAGACGGCAAUCGACAACCCGUGAAGAAGAGGAAACGCGAUGACGUCGGGACAGCAUAUGAUCCCAUUUAUCAGAAUGGCCAUUCCAACUCGGUAGACGAAACUCCCGACUAUAAACACUCAGCUUCUGGAUCCUCCGUCUCAACUGACCGGACCACAUCGGCAAUACAUACAACGGCCGCCACCUCCUUGGGAUCCCAUUCAUCAAAUGGCCAAAAUGGCUACGAUGCUCCGGAAGUCCAGCCUGGGCAUAAGAGAAAGCGAACAAACACCCGGCUGCAAAUUGCCAAUGAAGCGAAACGACGAGAACAAGAAGCAAAUGGGGACGCGUACACAAAUUACAAGCCCCCUCCACGACCCCCGAUCAAGGCAGCAGAUAUACAGGUCAAGGUUGUAUCAGAUGUAAGUCUAUAUCACGCGCUUGUAUAGAAAACCACUCACUGUUAGAUAGAAUUCAUACACCAAACAUAGCAAAGUUGACGACGACGACGGGCAUUACAUUGUGGUACCAGACAGUGAUUUGACUGAUCGAUGUAAGUAACUCUGAAGAAUCAAACCAGGUUCCCACUAACGACUGGCCAGACCAAGUUACAAAGCUUCUUGGGCAGGGCACGUUUGGCAAAGUAGUGCAGGCCAGAGAUCGGAAGAGGAACAAACUUGUCGCCAUCAAAAUCAUUCGAUCUGUGCAGAAAUACAGAGACGCAUCGAGAAUUGAACUCCGGGUUCUGUCAACCCUCAAAGCGAAUGAUGCUGAGAACCGAAACAGGUGUAUACACUACAGAGACUGUUUCGAUUAUCGAGGGCAUAUAUGCAUAGUCAUGGAUUUGCUCGGCCAGAGUGUGUUUGAUUUUCUGAAGGGCAACGCCUUUGUUCCUUUCCCAAACAGCCAGAUACAAAGUUUUGCAAGGCAGCUGUUUACCAGCGUCGCUUGUGAGUAAAUCCAAUAGUCACCUCCAAAGCUCUACUAACAUGAUAUCAGUCUUACACGACCUGAACCUCAUCCACACAGACUUGAAACCUGAGAACAUCCUGCUUUGUGACAACGCUUACCAGGCUUUUACAUACAGCCGUAGAAUCCCUUCAUCUUCAACUACACAAAAUCGACAAGCUGCUCAACGCAAAGUCCUGCUUGACACGGAGAUUCGACUCAUCGAUUUUGGAUCAGCAACUUUCCAAGAUGAAUAUCACUCUUCCGUUGUUUCUACCCGGCAUUAUCGUGCUCCAGAAAUCAUCCUCGGGCUGGGGUGGUCCUUUCCCUGUGAUAUCUGGAGUAUUGGUUGUAUUCUUGUCGAGUUCUUCACGGGUGAUGCGUUGUUCCAAACUCACGACAACCUGGAACAUCUUGCCAUGAUGGAAGCCGUUUGCGGAUCCAAGUUGGACACCCACCUUAUCCAACAAGUCAAUAGCCUGGCAAAACGUAGUGGUGGAAAUCAAGCCUCAAAGUCUGCCUCACUCAGCGCAAGCAAACCACAAAAACAUACUAACAUAGACCCUAGGUUCUUCAAGCGGUUGAAACUCGACUACCCCCAGCCAGAGACCUCGCGGGCUUCGAGACGCUUCGUGAAAGCUAUGAAGCGCUUAGAUGUGAGUUGGUAUCUUCUCAAAGUUCUGGCCAUGAACACUGACAUUGGGAUAGGAAAUCAUCCCGGAAAACAACAAAUUUUGCAAGAACUUCCUAGACUUAUUGCGAAAAAUCUUCGUGUACGACCCGCAAUCACGCAUUACGGCAAAACAAGCUCUCCAGCACCCUUGGUUCAAAGAAGCGGCAACACCAGAUGACGGUACAGAGGCUACAAAGAUUCGGAUACAGAGACAGCAGGCAGCGGAAGACCAAGCCGCUUCAAGCGCUGUAAACCCAAGACAUAAUGGCUAUCGUAACUAAGGGGCCAAGUUGGACACGAUGCAUGGUAAUGAUGGCGUUACGGAAUUGGGGGAACAAUGCAUUUAUUCCUCUGCUAUUGGAUCGAUCACCUGUUGUUGGGGCAAUGCAUAUGGGCGGGAUUAAUGUGUUCUUUUACUGGUGUUGGUGUUGACGGGAGCCUGGUGGGUGCUUUGGGCCUGAGUAUACUAUACAUCGGGCGAUGUUAGCGGUGGCAUGGAGGGGGCAAAGGACCUUUUUCCUUCUCUUUUUCUCAAAAUUAAAGGAAACCAGCAAGAAUUAUCUUUUUCUGAAACGCAUGAAAAGUUGUAGCUCGGGUCGACACAUUCAUUUUCUAGUGUUUAUUUCAUGAUUUCCGUGCUUCAGACCAGGUCAUAUGGCGAAUCUUUUGUUAUCUUGGAGAAGAAGGGUGACUGGUGGUGUGAGAAAGAUUUGUAGGAAUAGUGAAAGAAUUUUCUCAACUUCAUGGUGUUGCCGUGGCUUCGGAUGGCUUGGUCUCAUCUUAUAAAUUUUCAGGGUCCACUGGAAGAUAGAAGAACCUGAAGAGCAAAGAUGCAAUGAUAUUAUGGAGUCAUGUCAUGACAUAUCAAACUCUAUCAAUACCUAC